GUGGGUGGGUCACGUGUCUUGUCAGGAAUCCGGAAGUCUGGCCCGCUCGCCCAAUCACGCCCGGAAGCCUAUCUAGUGGCGCCAAGCUGGCCAAUCCUGGGGACGCUUGCUCUUCGCCAAACCGGGUCCCGCCUCCGCGCGCCGCGCUGACGGGUCGUUAGCGGAUACGGCGGCCGCAGGGGCGGAGUCAAGGGCCUUUGCCCGCCUUGGCGGCCGGCUCUACGUUCCCUGUUCUCGCCUCCAGCUCCGCCAUGGCUCCUAAAGGCAGCUCCAAACAGCAGUCUGAGGAGGACCUGCUCCUGCAGGAUUUCAGCCGCAAUCUCUCGGCCAAGUCCUCCGCGCUCUUCUUCGGGAACGCUUUCAUCGUGUCUGCCAUCCCCAUCUCGUGCCAUUAACGUGAUGCGAAGCCAUAUGAUGGCUCACUAAUUGGACAUAGCACUGCUUGGAGUUCUGAUAACAGCCACGUCAGCAAGGAAACUAUGGUUUGGGACUGCACGUGGCGUUUUGGAAUGGCCUGUGUUUCGCAUGCUAGUACCCUGAUGAAUGAAAUUUGAAGUCUGACUUGUGAUUACGUUGAGCCAGAGUUUGUUCUCAUUUUAGAAGUUGAAAUCUCAUCUGGACUAGUAAUAGGAAGGGUUAUACUGGCGAAUAUGGCAUAUGGAUCUUAUUCAGUCUGCUGUUUUGUAUAGUGUGAUGACCCUAGUAAGCACAUAUUUGGUAGCCUUUGCAUACAAGAAUGUGAAAUUUGUUCUCAAGCACAAAGUAGCACAGAAGAGGGAGGAUGCUGUUUCCAAAGAAGUGACUCGAAAACUUUCUGAAGCUGAUAAUAGAAAGAUGUCUCGGAAGGAGAAAGAUGAAAGAAUCUUGUGGAAGAAGAAUGAAGUUGCUGAUUAUGAAGCUACAACAUUUUCCAUCUUCUAUAACAACACUCUGUUCCUGGUCGUGGUCAUUGUUGCUUCCUUCUUCAUAUUGAAGAACUUCAACCCCACAGUGAACUACAUUUUGUCCAUAAGUGCUUCAUCAGGACUCAUCGCCCUCCUGUCUACUGGCUCCAAAUAGACCAUGUCAGCUUCACCCCCUGGCUUUGUGUCUAUGGGUGGCCUGUGGUAUAUGGAAAAGUAGCAGGGUGGUCAGGGUGGGAGACACAAGAUGUUUUUAUAGUCUAGAGCCUUUAAAAAACCCAGCAGAAUGUAAUUCAGUAUUUGUUUAUUGGCUGUUUUUUGACAGAUUGUUGAAAUUAAAUGAAUUGAAAGGGAAACUCAGAGUACUAGGACGUUUAUUAAAAGGAAAAAAAUGUCUUGCAAUGUGCUGUAAUCACAAGAGGAGAAAAUAACUUGUUUCCUUGAUCUGUCAGAGGUCACAGUAACCUGGGCCGAGCUGUUAUUAUUUAUUAUAUAAUAGUAGUAGGAAGUUAAUAACUGGUUCUCUGUGUUCCAAGCACAAUAUUACAACUUCUUUUGAACCGUAAAUAUCAGAAUGAAUCCUCUUCCCAGGGGAUUGAACAGAGCUUAAUGUUUACAAGUGUUUGAAUUUGUGAUCUGAAAUAACACAAAAUUAAAAACAUGAUUUCUCUAAUUUUCCAACUAGAGGAAGAGAAACUUGUGGAAAAGUUCUUUUUUUUUUUUUUUCUUAAAGAAGGGCAGCCAAGGUAGUAACCUAAAAAUAGUGCCCAGGCAUAUGAGAGUUGUCCUACGAGGUUAAAGAACACACUGUUCCACUGUAUGGCUUUGGCCCUGAGUGGCCAGGGAGGUCAACUUGACCCUGCCAUGUUGGUUUGACUUACUAAGACACAGGAAUCAUUGUUUUCCUUGACCAGGGUCUCACACCCUGGAGGAAUGUUAAGUAAGAGAAAGAACCUCUUUCCUGAAUAUUGACAUGUAAAAGACCAAAGUAAUUUUUCUGAACUUCUGCAAUUCUGAGAACUCUCCAAGGAAUUUACAGUGAUUUUAGUGCUUGUCAACAUUUUUCCAUGAGGACUUUCAUACAUUUGACUCUUUAGUUCACAGGUUCCCAUUGAUUGUGAGCAAGAUAUUUAUCUCUUUAGCCCUUGGGGAUCCAGCUGAGAGCAAUCUCUUGCAUUUUUUUACCCGUGUAUGUACAGAUAUCAUUUCUUGUGUAUGCCAUGACUUGAAAAAGUUUGGGAAGCUCUUUAGCAAUAUCAGCUAAAAGGAUAUGAAAUCACAGGUGAUAGCAGUUGUCAUUCAGUAAUUUCCUACAAGCAGCACCCCAAAGGAAAUAUAGUCCUAAUCUUUACUAUCCACUUCUAAAUUUAAUGUGAAUUUCAUACAUGUUAUUAGUUGUUUUCUUUAUAAUUUUAUAAAAAUUAUUCAUCAGGAGUUUAACUUCCACUUCCAUGCUAUUGGAUGUGUUGGGCUCCAUGCAAGAACUUGGAAGAAAAACAGGCAGGAAUGCAUUUGCAUAAUGACCCAGAUCAUCAUUUUCUGCAACUGAGAAUUAUAUUUCAUCAUUGCUUCUAGAAGUCUGCAAUUCUUUACUUUUCUUUGGUGCAUUAUUAUCUAGGUGCCAUCACUGGAUAAUGUGGAGUGACUAGAGAAGUGACAUAUCACUGCAAGGUACAGUUAGGGUAACACUUUAGAGGUUUAUUAUUUUUAAAAAACUUUUCUUGAACUCCUGGCCAACAUGGUGAAACCCCGUCUCUACUAAAAAUUCCAAAAUUAGCCGGGCGUGAUGGUGGGCGCCUGUAAUCUCAGCUACUUGGGAGGCUGAAGCAGGAGAACUGCCUGAACCCAGGAGGCAGAGGUUGCAGUGAGUCGAGAUCGUGCUACUACUGCCUGGGUGGCAAGGGUGAGACUCCAUCUCAAAAAAGAAACAAAAAAACCCAAAAAGUUUUCUUUACUGUUGGUUAAAAAAAAAAGCCAGACCAUAGUUUGACUGGUGGCAUGGAAUUUGUGUAUCAAAUAAAUGCAUUUGCUUAUUUGACAAAC